GGAUGGCUGGGAGGGAAAGUGGCCAAUAGGGCCAUUGUCUGUAAAAUUAACCCCAAAACAUGACACCUUCAUUUCCAAAAAGCCCUCAGGAUGCAUUUAUAAGCCUUUGAGUCUCCUUUUUAUACAGUUAUGGCUUAGAGAGGGGGAUUUCAGAGGGUUUUCUGAGGUUUUCUGGUCCUCUAAGGAGGUUUGACCAGUGCCAUUCUCACAAAUAGAGCUUAUAAUACAUUCCUUAGGAGUCCUAAACUUGGGUUGUUGUUGUUAUUAUUACUGGACUCUUUGGUCCCCCUUUUCCUCUAAAUGGUGUGGGCUCUAACGUCCAAAGUGUGAGAAAAGGAGUCUUUUUGGACUGCCACUCCCAGAAUCCCUUAGCAUUUGGUGGGGAAGGGACCAAAGUUUUGUUUAUGGGGGAUUCUGGGAGUGAUAGUCCAAAAAGGUAACCUUUUCCCAUGCUUUGGAAGUUUCAGCCUGAAGCAUUUGGGGUAAAGGGACCAAGGUUUUGUUUGUGGGGAUUCUGGGAGUGAUAGUUCAGAAAAGCAACUUUCUCCAUGCUUUGGAAGUUCCAGCCUGCAGCAUUUAGGGGAAAGGGACCAAAAUCCUGUUUAUGUGGAUUCUGGGAGUGAUAGUCCAAACAAAUAACUUUUCCCCAUGCCUUGGAAGUUCCAGGCUGCAGAAUGGAGGAGGAAGGGACAAAAGUCUUGGGAUUCUGGAAGUGACAGUCCAAGAAAGCAACUUUUCUCCAAUGCUUUAGAGGUUCCAGCCUGCAGCAUUUGGGGAAAAGAAACCAAGGUUUUGUUUGUGGGAGAAUUUGGGGAGAGUCUGUGACAGCUUUGACAAUAGAAAACCCUGCCUUGUUCUCCAACUUCAACUCCUUUAAAUAGAAAUGGGAACCUUGUGACCCUUUCCGAUGUUGUUGGAUUGCAACUUCCAUCAUUCCUAGCCAACACAGGCAAGGCAAAGGCGUGAUGGGAAUGGCCAUCCAACGGCAUCAGAAGGAACCUCGUUUGCCUACUCCUGCUUUCAAGGGGUGCUACACAUACUGUUGCCUGGCUGUUUUUCUAGGCCAUCCUCUUACACCAUCAUCCACUGCCAGUGUAUGUUAUGAGCCAACUGCUGUUACUUCUUGUAGUACAUUUAGAGUAAAGGCUGCUCCCUGAUUUUGCAAUGAAGGGCCCCUGGAGAAGGAUCUUCAGUACUAAUCUUUGCUGUCAGACAGGAAAAACUUGUUGCCUCUGACUAUAUUUGGUGGAAAGGGCGUUAUAAAUAAGCAUCAUUAGUACCAGAUUGGAGCUGUGAGGGAACCAUUCCCUGCUGACCUUCUGCUGGCAAAGACCUUUUUAUUCAGAAUUGUCCACGGAGCCAUGUCCCAACUUGGCUUUGCUUGCCAGCCACCUCCUGAUGUUGAAACAGAUGAUUGUCUUCAGGAAUAUACCUACCUCUUCAACCCUGACAUCCUCAAGAGCAAAGUUGCAUUCAUCACAGGAGGUGGAUCUGGCAUCGGAUUCCGCAUUGCUGAGAUUCUGAUGAGGCAUGGCUGCCAAACUGUCAUUGCCAGCAGGAACCUCCAGAGAGUGACAGAGGCUGCUAAGAAGCUGUCAGAAGCCACUGGUCAAAGAUGUUUGCCUCUUACUCUAGAUGUCAGGCAUCCUCAAGCGAUCAUGGCAGCUGUAGAUGAAGCCCUGAAGGAGUUUGAGAAGAUUGAUAUCCUGGUUAACAAUGCAGCUGGUAACUUCCUGUGCCCAGCCAGUGCUCUGUCUUUCAAUGGUUACAAAACAGUGAUUGAGAUCGACACCUUGGGAACGUUCAAUGUCUCCAAAGUACUGUAUGAAAAGUGCCUCCGUGCCAAUGGAGGGGUUAUUGUCAAUAUCACAGCGACUCUUAGCUACAAAGGCCAGGCUCUCCAGAUGCAUGCUGGUACAGCUAAAGCAGCCAUAGAUGCAAUGACAAAACAUCUGGCUGUAGAAUGGGGCCCUGACAAAAUCAGAGUGAACAGCCUGGCACCGGGUCCCAUUUUGGGCACAGAGGGCACCCGCCGUUUAGUCCCACCUGGUGUGGAAAGCAGAAACAUCUAUCAAGAAAUCCCUCUUCAGCGGGCUGGGAAUAAGACGGAGAUUGCCCACGGUGUGUUGUAUUUGGCCAGUCCCUUGGCAUCUUAUGUGACCGGCACAACUCUGGUGAUGGAUGGUGGCUGUUGGAUGACGACCAAGAACGACUUCCCCGCACUGUUGGAUUUCUGGACUGCGGAAUUUAAAAAAGAUAAAUGAAAGAAGACCUCUGGACUCUCCUGGAAAAGACCCUCCAAUUUAAAUGCUUCUUCACAAGCGUCUGUGCAGGGCCAAGGGUAGGGGUCACACAACUGCCCUGGUUGCAAAGUAGCUUUAGACAAAAUUGACAACAGAAGUAUUUAAGAUCAUGCUUCUUGAUGUCAUGGGAGGGCAGGUUGGCGCUGAUGACAAGGGGGCUACAAUACAGUCAGGAAAUAAGUGGCCUUCCAAAUGUUGUUGCAUUGCAUUUCCCAUCAUCCUUUGCCAUUAAAGCAGGGUGGGCAACUGGGGGAGGCUAGGGAGCUACAUAAGUCCCCAGGAGUCUGUGGAGAGCCACAUCCACCACCAAAAACCUUUUUAAAAACUUGUCCCAACACCUUCUAAGGAAUGCUGGGGGCAUUUUUGCAAUGUUUAAAUUUCAGGUUUAAGAAGCGGUUUUGAGACAAUUUUUUGUUACUCUUGGCGGGUCCUGGAGGCCACAAAAAUGGCCCCGGGGCAUUCUGCCCAUUCCUGUAUUAAAUAAAUCAUUGGGAGUUUGCAGUCCAACAAUAACUGGAGAACCACGUAUUCCCCAGUCCUGAGAUAGAUAGUCAUAGUGUAUUGUAUUCUUACCCAGGACUUUCCUGUUCUAUGCCAAUUGUGCAUUGUAUGAUACAAAAGAGCUAUCUGGUAUAGUUAGCAUAGAAGAAUAGUCAUGAUCCAGCUUAACUUCCUGACUGGGGAAGUACAUUUGGCUUGGUUUUGUUUUAUUUUAAUUUUUAUGCACACACUAAUGUUUUGUUUUUGUUUUUUUGCCUUAUCUGCACGGUUUGCCACCUGAGCCUUUUUACAAGGGAAGAAAUGUAUGUCUGUUCACUAUUGACCAAGCCAGCCUGAAUGGUAUGUGUUGUGAUUCUGGACCAAACAGGGUGAUUCUGCACUUUUGCCAAUGCUCCCUAUUUUUCAAUUAGCUGGAAUAAUUCCAUCCUCAAAAUAAAUUCUGUUUAUUCUGUCUUU